AUGCGGGGAGGAGGGGGGGGCGAGGAAAGAUGCACCCAACCCAUUUCCAUCGGAUAUCAUAAAUCACCAGGGGUAACUUGUUCUUUUUUUUUUUUUAAGUCUUCCCAAACCCUCCCCAAAUAUCAAAACGCCCCCCCCCCCAGCCCACAACACCACCAGAAAUUGGUGGCAGAAAUCGCUCCCCUCCCUUUCCGGUCUUUUCGUUGGCCGGUGAAGUGCAGAAUGGAAAACAUCACGUCGAGUUCACCUUCACUACGCACCAACUAUCCGCACUCUUCGCCUCCACAACGAUGCGGUACAUCCUCAGAACCCCACCACCUCCAAAAAAGAAGGCGGUGA